CGCCUGCCCUUUUUGGGCGCGCCCCUAUCGCCAGGGCCGCCCCGCACCGAUUGCGGGGCCUGCCCAUUGUGCUUGUGCACCCUCUUGCCGCCCGGAGGCUUACUAGUAGGGCGGCGUCCUCGUUCACACGCGCCUGCGAAUGCGAUGCGCGCUUCCUGUGAAGAAUUACAACACGAGGCAGGUUCAAGGGGCGGGCCCGAUUUUUGUGGCCCGUUACACCUGCCUGCUGCGCGGGCCCGAUGUUACUACUGUCAGGGCCCGCUCAUUGUCUCUCUUUGGCGCGGGCCCGACGUUCAUCUGGGCCCGUAGCCAGUAACCCGCUUACCCCCGGGCGUCUGCACGCCGGCUUUGCCGCUAUUCAUUCGCGGCUGGCCGGGUGCUGAUAAUUCGUUAUCUUUGCCUGGGGGCGAGCUCUCCUCUGACCAUGCGGUCCGUGGCCUGCUGUUGUGUAGGCCGUUGCCGUAUUCGUUGUCGUUGUUUUAUGUCUGCAGUUCCAGCCACACGGCUGCGACCUAACGAACGCGGCGUCUUUCGUAUCUGUGUACAUAUGUGUUUCUGUAGCUCUCUGCACAAAAGCACCACGCGCAGCGAGCUUCUUGAGGGCAAAAGUAGUGAGCGAAAGUAGAAGCUCUAGGCGAAUAACUUGCACAGCUGCGAGUGCAGCCAGCAGGCGAGCGGCGUCUUCCGCAGAUCUUGCAUCUGGAUCAUUGACAACUGCGAGCGAAAUUCUGAGAGACAGGUCUGUAAGACGGACAAUGAGCGGGAGACGCUUUUGAGAGUGAGAGCGCUGGUACUGAAGCUGCGCACGCAGCGCUGGCGGUUCGCCGGGUCGCGCGAGCGGAGAGAAAGCAUGAAAAGUGACCGCUUCUCAGAACAACAUGAUGACGCCGUUGUCCAAGCUUACCGUUUUCGUUUGCACUCCAGGUUAACAUUGCGGCUGCCGCAGUUGACCUGCAACUCUGGGUCGCAGCGGUUUUUUUCCCGUCACCGUUCGGAGAGGAGAUGAAGUCAGGGUGUGAAAAGUACCAGUGAGUACAUCAACCGGGACGGAUACGCAGGUGCUGAUCUUCAUAAACCCGGCGGUCGCAAAGAUGUUGACAUCAAGAGGACACGGCUUCUACUUCUGCUAUGACCUCCAAGUUCAUGUUAAAUUCCCUCAGCUGUACACCUCCCUCCAGCCCUUUAGCUCCCCCGCGUCGUCAAGAACCGUGCAAGACUCGCUCCAAUUGAUGAAACAAGAAAACCAAGUCUCGCUGGACCGGGGUAAGCGUAAACCUCAUUUCAAUCCGCGAUGGGAGGCCGAGACGAGGACGCACAUGUGCAUCCAGGACGCAUUGACCAUCCAGGCCGCACUUGCGUCGUCGCACCCGCAGGCUAGCCGAAAAUCUCUCAUCGUGCUCCCUCCACCCGGAGAAGCGGGAUCUGGAACCGUGGUAGCUCGAAGCGGUGCUGGCGGCGAGGAUGGCGGGAGGUGCAGCUAGGAAGAGUGUGCGAGAACGACGACGAGAGACCAUGACUAUUUUGAUGAAUAGCGCAACUCUGGGAUUAAGUAGAAGCACGAAAACAAGUUCUUGUUUUGCGAAAGUACAUGAAAAGGACAGAAAAUAAAUCUGCGAAUCUGCUUGGCAGACUGUUGCUCCAGCACCAAAUAUGAAAAGAUGAAGUAUAGCAUGUACACGUGGCGGGGACGAAGAACAAAAAAAUUACGGGAUCUCUCGGCUAGAAAUAGAAAACGAAAGAUGAAAGCCAAGCUGACCUUGCUUUUCUUAUCAAAUUGCUGCUUAAGUACUCUGACGUAGUAGCAAGGGUCUGAGGCUGCACAUUUCAAGUGCUACGGCUUACCAUCAAGACCAUUGAUUUGUCGACUCG